AUGACAGAGCAUCUCAGCCCCGACUCUCUAAUUACUCUCGACCCCGACGAACAAGACAGCCUCCGAGUUCGAUCGCGAUCGCCUCACCCGUACCAUCACCAGAAUACAGACCUUCCGCAUCUCUCGGAUCGUUUUAUACUGAGGAACCGCCAAGCGCAAUCCGCCAAGACCAGUGACGAUGCUCCCCACGAACCCUCGCCUACGACAUGGCCAAGUUUUCUCAAGGACUCGCCGCAGACGAGCGACAGUGGCUCCGAAGCCGACGACGAGCAUUAUCUAAAAGGCUUACCGGCGCCAAAAGCCAACCUGCACAAAGGAUUGAGAGGCCUCAAUGAACCGCUGUCUGGCUCUUCAACACCUCUUCCGUCACCGGCGCUUCUUGAUGGUCAUGCCAUUCGCACCGUAGACAAGCCGCCCAUGCCUACCGAGACCCCGGAAACGAAACGUCUGCUCGAAGCCCUUAAAAAACGAAGAAGAGUCGUUGUUCGACGCAUAACUGAGGCUGGCAUUGUUUUAGCGCUGGGCCUCAUGGUAGCCUCAAAUUCCCAGGUAUUGCAGCUCAUAAAGAUCUGGGGAAAAGAUAUCCUACUCUGUGGCCUUGUAUAUGCGGGACUACUCGCUCUGUAUCCUGUCCGAGUCGUCGCUUGGGCAUACCGUAACAGGACACCAUCUCACCCAAUACCUCUCGAGCUUCCUGCGCACUUUGACCCCGCGCCCAUAUUAUACCCUUCGGCAAUUACUCUAUAUGUCUCGCUUCUUAUUUCGUCAAGCAACCCAGCAGCGAUAUUACCUAACCUUAUUCUGAGCCUGGCUUCCAUUCCGCAGAGCGUUAUUCCCAAGGCCGAUCCUUAUGCUACAUAUGAUGUGUUAGCAUGGGGCCUAACUUGCAUCCCAUUGAUCUGGAGUCCAAAGCAGCGUGAACACUUCGAAAGCAAGCACCCAGAAUCCUUUAUUUCAGGAGAAACAGCUAUUCUGCUGUAUCCUCUCCACCAAACUUUGUGUGUGACAUUGCACUAUCUCACUACAACUAGUCUCUUGACGGCUGAGCUCCAGCUCCUGUCAAUCGCACUCAUCAACGUUUUGCUUUUAGCUUCUUCACCCCAGGCUCUGAUUCUCAAAGCCCUGUUGUGGGGUGGCGGCCUUUCUCUCCUCUUCUUCUGUGGACGUGUCAUAAGCUGGGGAAUUGCUCUGGCCAGAGUGCCGAAAUGGAGAUUUCGGAGAGUGUCAGUCUCCCAGCGGCCACCACUCUGGAAGAGCUUCAAACAAAUUUUCUCGCUACGACGGCUGAGGCACGAAUUAUUAAGACCAGAGUAUGAGGAUGCUGUGUACGAUACCAUUGGCUCAUCCGAGGACGAGGCAGGCCCAUUGUUCAAGAAGCCUACUCGAGUUCAAACAUUUCGACCAAGCUCCCCGAACCCAGCAGAACCCGAUAGUGCUCCCUCUUCACCCACGGCUACAGAUGCUUUCGGUAACUGGUCUUUUGCACGGAGACAUACCUUACCACACCUUGAUCAUGGAAACCGACGCAACGCGACGCAUACCCCUUCAGGGCGCAAAAAGCGAGCAACUUCCAUGUCCGUUCGGCCCUUCUUCAAGCUUACUCAAGAGCAAGCGACUAUGAGGAAAUGGCUUUAUGCCGGAUACGUCUACUUGAGUAUCAUCACUAUCAUCCUUGGUGGCAUUCGAACUUAUGUACAAUGGUAUGCCCUGGAUGGCAAUGAGCCUAUUGGUUGGGCUUUGGGGUAUCUAUUUGGUGACUGGUCAUGGUUCCGAUAUCAAGUUGUCAGCCUGAAUUUGGAAAGAUGGAUUUGUCUGCCUACACGAAUUGACCCUACAGAAGACAAGCAAUGUCACUCUGGUUGGGUACAGCACGUUCGCCAUAACGACUUUGGAGAAGCAAACACUCGACUUCUGUUGAGUGCCUACUGGAUGGGCAUCCUGAUUCUGGGGCUCAUUAUCGUCUUCCGCCUGAAGGACAUCUAUGAGGUAGAUACACGGCGGAAGGUGUUUCACUUUAUGAUGGUUGGCAUGUUUCUGCCCGCAACCUUUGUCGAUCCCACGUAUGCAGCUCUUGCCCUGUCUCUAAUUCUUGCGGUCUUCUUGAUCCUGGAUCUUCUGCGGGCAAGUCAGCUGCCUCCACUAUCAAAACCUAUUGCCUCAUUCCUCGCACCAUACGUCGACGGCCGAGAUUUCCGUGGUCCAGUUGUCAUCUCGCACAUCUUUCUUCUAAUUGGGUGCGCAAUCCCUCUCUGGCUGGGCCUUGCUUCUCUGCCACGCUCUGGAUCUGGCUACCUCUCUGGUUGGGAAGUCACAACUCGAGAUGUCAGUCUUGUCUCCGGAGUCAUCUGCGUGGGUUUAGGAGACGCAGCUGCUUCUCUUAUCGGCCGUCGAUAUGGGCGUCGGAAGUGGCUCUGGGGAGGCGGCAAGAGUCUUGAGGGCAGUGUCGCCUUCGCUGUGGCUGUCAUGCUAGGACUUGGUGCCGCCAGUAUGUGGCUGAGAAUCGGUGGUUGGCCUGCUGCAGGUGAGCAGCCUGGAGUGAUUGCUGGCACACGAAAUGCUGCGAUGUGCUCAUCCAUGGCGAGCUUGACGGAGGCUGUUCUUACUGGCGGGAACGACAACGUUAUCGUACCAGUGGUGUUGUGGACAUGUGUGAAAAGCCUCGGUGUUUGA